AUGGCUUUGUCGUGGCUGUCAUACACAUGUAUAGCUAUUCUUCUCGCCUCUGUCUAUAUCAGGCAACGAAUUCGUGUUCGAUCAUCCCAAGUCGAGUCCGAUGCAGAGGCUGAGAAGCCUGGUCGUCUUAGGCUUGACGAUGGCUUGACGCCUUCCGGACGGCAAUUGAAGGCCAAGUUAGUCGCAGCUAUCCCGCACAUCGUAAUCGCGUCAGAGAAAGCCACAGAGUUCAAAGAGUCAAUGAACGCAUACUGGGAUCAGAAAGCGUGCGAGGUGCCACCAUCAUGUAUUGUGCGACCCCGCAACGUGUGGGAAUUGGCGCAGGCGGUCAAGAUUCUCAAACGUGAGUUUGAUCUUAGAUGUGAAAAGGUCAAAGAAAGGCAAGAGGAGGUUGAGUCCAUCUUUGCCAUUCGAGGAGGAGGUCACUCUGCUGUUGCUGGUGCCUCAAGCAUUAAAGGCGGAGUUCUUAUCGAUCUAUCACUCUUCAAUCAAGUCAUCCCUGCCGAAGAUGGACGGAGCGUGAUCAUUGGCGCCGGUUGCAAGUGGAUUGACGUAUACUCAGUUCUUGAAAAAGAAGGUCUUGGAGUAGCUGGUGGAAGGAACUCCGCCGUCGGUGUAUCUGGCCUGACGCUCGGCGGGGGUAUAUCGUUCUUCUCUCCUCAAUAUGGAUUCGUAUGCAACAACGUCCUCGAAUAUGAGGUCAUCUUGGCAGAUGGGUCUAUCGUCACCGCUUCUGAGAAAGACCACCCCGAUCUGUGGCGCGCACUCAAGGGCGGAGGCAACAACUUCGGUAUCGUAACAAGCUUCACGAUCCGCAGUUUCGCUGCAAAGAAUGUUUGGAGCGGAUUCCUCUACCUGCUCCCAUACAAAGCCCCAGAUGUUCUAGCAGCAUUCCAUUCCUUUGUUGCGCGAACACUGGCCGGCGAGCUGCAACAUCGAUUCGACCCUCACGCUGCCGGCCCGCUGACAUGCUUCACGUACCUCCAAUCUCCUGGUAUCCAAGCUAUAGCCGUGAAUCUUGUACACACCGGCCCCGACACCAAGCAGAAGGGCUGGCCAGAAUCUUGGCGCAGCUCCGGUUUUCAGAAGCUGUGGCGUGUGUGGAGUACGUUCAAGAUUCGCAGCCUAGUUAGUGCAGCAGACGAGUUGAGUGUCCUGAAUCCACCGGGACGACAACAAGAAUUUGCCACUACGACCAUCAAGAACGAUAGGCAGACUUUAGAGGCGGCUCACAAAGCAUAUCGUGAUGCGAUUCCGAAGAUUAAGAAUCAUGCCAUUAAGGGUAUGAGCUGGACUCUGGUUCUACAGCCAUGCUUGCCUUCAUGGGCAAGGAAGGGCGAUGCAAAUUCGCUGGGUUUAGAUGAAGGAUCUGAUGAGCCUUUGGUAAAUGUUCAGUUUACGGUCAACUGGGCGAUGGAGGAGCAUGAUGAUGUGGUGAGGGCUAUCACUAGGGAGGCGAUCGAGCAGAUUGAUGCUUUUGCCCUUGAACAUGGGACGGGUCAUCGGUUUCGUUAUCUGAACUAUUGCGCGGCGUGGCAAAGACCCUUUGAGGGGUACGGGGAGGAGAGUAUGAAAUCUCUGAAGGGUGUGAGUAAAGUGGUUGAUCCCCAAGGGUUCUUCCAGAGGGGAUGUGGCGGAGGUUUCAAACUGGGGUCGUGA